AUGAGGUUUUGGUUCGUUGGAUGGACGGUAGACAUGUUAUUUUUCGCAGUGGUUGCAAGACCGUCGACAGAUAUAGAUAUCGGCGGUCCAUUCCCGCUGUCCCUGAAGACUGACGGCCAGAUAAAGGCAUUUAUGAUAUCCAUCGGGAGUGCUCAGGGGGCCGCCAUUCACGCUGAGGACGGAUCUUCGUUGGACUUCUCCAAGACAGAUCUCCAGGGAAACUGCUGCUCCGACGUCCGAGUCACCACGUCCCCCGACCCCUCGAAACCUGUCUCGGAAGAGGAACUAAUUCUCGAUUCUCAGCGACUUCCGGAAACCCCACAGCAGUCGACUUCGGCAGUGCACUCUGACGCGGGGUCGACGCCGGGCAAUACACCGACGGUAGACGUUACGCCAAAGAGGUUCCAGAGCUCAGAAAGUAGCUCCUUGCAAAUACAAGCAAAGGAGACUACAGAGACUUCACUUCACCCGCAACUCGUCCUGACCAGUACUUCCAGAAAAGCGUCAGACGACAUCUUGCAAGGAGCACCAACUGACAACGAGGCAUUCGGCAGGGUCUCUCCGGAAGUAAUACGCAAGGGUUUACAAGCAGCCUCGGUUGACGCUUCCCGGACGCGAUUGUAUGAGCCCUCAGAGAAGACAUCGCAGAACCCCUUGCAGCUGAAGCCAUACGGGGACUUACAGCCGACGUCCAGUGGCGUUUAUCAGUCUUCACAAAAUGCAUCAGACGAACAUUUGCAUUCCUUGUCGCACUUCGUCUCGCAAGAACCACUGAUGUCAGAGAGCGCUUUGCGAACGGUAGCACAUGCACUUCCAUACAAUACGACACAGGUAACAUCUGAUGAUGCAUCACAAAUGGUAUCGGAUGGCUCUUCAGUUGCUACAUCAGGGACUUCCCAUACAUCACUAGAUGUUACUUCAAAUGUCGCACUAGGCAUUUCGCAGGUGGUAGCAGGUAAUAUUUCACAGGACACAACUGGCAACGUCUCCCAGGCUACAACAGAAGGUGAUUUACGAAUGGCCUCUGAAAGCAUCUACCCCGUGGAGUAUUUCCCGAUGAUAGAACCCAAGAACUGCCUGGAGGCGCUGGCCGUCGGGUACAACGUGAGCGGGGUGUACACCAUCCGCCCCUACGACUGCUGUCCCGAGCGCCGAGUGAAGGUCUUCUGCGACAUGGCCACCGAGGGCGGGGGCUGGACCGUCAUCCAGCGCAGGGACCAGUACCCGACGCAGGAGAACUUCUACCGGACCUGGAAGGAAUACGUCAGCGGCUUCGGGGACCUGACCCAAGAGUUCUGGCUUGGGCUCGAGCACAUCCACGCCCUCAGCAACCAGUCAGUGUACGAAGCGCGGUUCGACCUGGGCGACUUCGAGGGGCAAACGCGCUUCGCCAAGUACGACAUCUUCACCGUCGGUAGCGCUGACCGCUUCUAUCACCGUCACCUUCUUGGCCUCUUCAACGAGAAUCUUGUCAAAGGGUUGGCUCACAAGGACAGCUGCUUGGGAAUAUCACCUUAUCUCUCGACACGAACUUUUCUCUCUCCUCUUCCAGGACUCCCAUCUGAUCUCAUCUCGAACCAGGAUAUGAACAACGUGAUAUUGAUAAAAGAUGACAAAAUCUUACCUAAACUACAACAGCAAAUAUGCAAUCCCCAACAAAAGAAAACUGAUAUUCACCGUCUCAUAUCAUGGAUUCUGAUCAAUAAUGAAAACCUGAAACACCUCAAUACGAGACUCGACCUCCAAGCGCAGAUAAAAACUGUGCCUCUCCAGCCUCCUUAUCUCCAUACCCGAUGCGGCAUUAGCGCAGCAUUCUCUCUGCUGUGA